AUGGCUCCGCGCGCCGCGGCCCUCCUCUGCGGCGUCGCGGCGGUCUUCGGCGGCGACCCGACGAAGCCCCACUUCCACGGCCCGACGCGGACGCCCUUCGAUCCGAAGGACGACAUCGCGCCGCCGCUGAAAUCCGCGGACCUCGCGAAGCUCGCCGACGGCGAGAUCAUCACGGUGCAGUCGAGCGACGCCACCAGCGGCGGCGGCUGCGCCGUCGAGGACAUCCGCGCGCCGCCGGACGUCGUCUGGUCUCAGCUCCUGACGUUCGAGACGUACCCGGACAAGGUGCCCAAGGUGCGCGAGUGCGCCAACUACGAGGUCACGAAGUCGAGCGACGAGGAGGUCAUGAAGACGCGCUACGGCGUCAAGGUCGUCCCGGGCCUCAGCAUGGAGUACUACCUCCGCCACGUCUUCCACCCGCGAAAGAACGCGCUGACCUGGACUUUGGACUACGAGAAGCAGAGCGACAUCGACGACUGCCACGGCAUCUGGCGCGUCGUGCCCCACCCGGAGCGGCCCGAGUGGUCGCGCGUCGAGUACGCGGCGGACCUCAAGCUCCGGGGCGGCUGCCCGCAGUUCGUCAUCGACAUCCUCACGAAGAAGGCCCUCGUCGACGCCUGCACGUGGCUCAAGGUCGAGUCCGAGAAGCAGUACGCCGGCGAGGUCGCGUCGGGCCGCGGCGCGGCGCCGUCGGGGCCCGGCGGGUUCCCGAAGGUCCUCGUCGACGCGCCGCGCCGGCUCUUCGACAACGCGGGCGAGGUCAUCGACGACGUGCUCGGCGACAUCGAGCAGGGCGUCGUCGACCUCGGCAACAGCGCCCUCAAGUCCGCGACGGACGCCCUGUCCAUGAUCCCGGGCUUCCGCGAGCGCGUCUCGGCGCCGCUCCGCGACCUCACGCGCGCCUACAACGACGUCCCGGGCCCGGACCCCGUCGCCGUCCCCGUUGCCCAGUUCGCGCCCAAGGGCCGGCGCUGGCUCCGAAAAAGCAGGCCAGCGGACGACGACGCCAGCGCCGCCUGA